GUGAAACCUCCAACAAUAAAAUUUGUGGGUUCCUUUAUUUCUGUGCUACAAAUAUGCAAAGCAUGUGGUAAAAAGUUUCAAUGUCAGUCACAACCAAUGAUAGGAAAUAUCCCUGCAGGGAAUAUUUUGCUGUCCGCCUCAAUUCUGUUUUCUGGUGCCCUGCCUAGUAAAGUGAUACGAGUCCUGUCUUCAUGUGGAGUUCAAACCAUAUCAUUGAGAACAUUCUUUCGACAUCAAAGCAAAUUUCUACUAAGAACCAUUUCAAAUGUAUGGUUUAGAGAGGAGAYGGCCCUACUUGAAACAUUAAGAAACAAAAAACUAGUGUUGGGAGGUGAUGGGAGAAGUGACAGCAUGGGGCAUUCUGCCAAAUAUGGAAGUUACACCAUUAUGGAACUGGAAGAGAAUAAGAUAAUUAACAUCCAACUUGUUCAGUGCAAUGAAGUCAAUGGAUCAAACCAUAUGGAACUUGAAGGGUUCAAAAGAUGUAUGGMCAGUCUAACAAAGAUGAAAAUGAAAAUUAAGAUUAUUGUUACUGAUAUGCAUACCAUGAUCCAAAAGUAUAUCAGGGAAGCAUACACUAAAGUGAUCCAUUACUAUGAUGUGUGGCAUGUAGCCAAAGGUUUAAAGAAAAAGCUUGUUUCCCUUUCCAAUAAGAAAGGUUUUGAACUGGUUGGAAAGUGGGUAAAAAGCAUUACAAACCAUUUGUACUGGGUAGCAAAAUCAAGCAAUGGAGAUGGAGACUUAGCUACAGCCAAGUGGGAUUCCCUUAUGAGUCAUCUACAGAACAUCCACAAACAUCAAAACACAAAGUUUAAAAAAUGUACACAUAAAAAGAUUAAAAGACAGUGGUUUAAACCAGGUGCUGAAGACACAGUUAAACUAUCUGAAAUUAUUGAAAGCACUAGAAUGCGAAACAAGGUGGCCAAAUUGUCUCCACUGGGGCAAACAUCCUCACUAGAAGGRUAUCACAGUAUUGUAAAUCAGUUUUGUCCGAAAAUGAUCCAUUUCUCAUACAACGUUAUGUAUGCAAGAAUUAGACUGGCUGCUCUUCACUUCAAUGAAAACACUGGACGGCCAACUAAAAGAAAUAAGGAAGGGCAUGAAGAGUACUCUAUUAAGUUCCCUAAAGCUAAGAAAGGUGGCCAUACUGUGGUUGCUAUACCAAUAAAUUGUACUUAUGGUAAGUAG